GAAAAAGAAGAAACAUUUAAAAAAAAAAAAAAAAAAAAUCCCGAGAAAAUUCGAAGCGUUGUUUCUGUUCACAAAGUGAAGAACGCAAAAAAGAAGAAAUGGUUAGUAAUGAAUGGCAGCACAGCAGAAGGAGCUCCAUCAUACUCCACGGAGCAGGAUUUUAUGCUUUAAUCUCACCCUUCCCUCAAGAAUCAACCUAAAUAAGCUCUUCAAAUCAUACCCAUCUUAUGAAACCACCCCUUUUCUUCAUCAUUUCGAUUAAUAUCAUUCCUAAAGGAUCUCAACUUCAUGUCUCUGUUCUUGAUUCUUUGAUGGGUUUUCAUUAACUCCGUAAAAUACUUCAAAUCUCUGCGUUGAUUUUGCGAUUCUUUCGCAAUCGCCAGCUUCUGGGGUUCCAAAAAGCAGCAAAUAAAGGCGCCAAACCUUGCCCUUGAAAGUUUCGCCUCUGUUUCGCUGUUCUACCUGAUUGUAACAGAGACAGAUUGUAACAGAGACAGUGGUGGAUUUCAUGCUUUUAUUGCUUCAUUUAUGGCGGCUGAUGAUGAUUUUAAUCGCUAGUCCACAGCUACUGAAGUGUUUGGUGGGAUGAUAGUUAAGAGGUUGAAGUCAUGUCGGUUUGGGGUUCGAAAGUGGUUGGGAGUUUGGUGCUUCUGGGUUUUCUGUUUAGCAUCUCACAUGGGUUGAACUCAGAAGGUCAUUUUCUAUUAGACUUGAAAAACGCUGUUUCUGAUCCGCUUGGUUGGUUAAGAAAUUGGAAUUGGAGCGACGAAACGCCAUGUGAAUGGAGUGGUGUAAGGUGUAGUUGUGGUGAGGAAGGAGUGGUUUUGUCCCUUGACUUGAGCUUAAAGAACCUGUCAGGUCCUUUAAGCUCGAGCGUUGGUAGUUUAAUCCACUUGACUUAUCUCAAUCUUUCCUGGAAUGAAUUCAGUGGAAGAAUACCGAAAGAGAUUGGAAAUUGUAUGGAGUUGGAAUAUCUUGCUUUGAACAACAAUAAAUUUGAUGGUGAAGUUCCAUAUGAAUUGGGACGACUCACUUGUUUGGUUACGUUGAAUAUAUGUAAUAAUCGAAUCCGUGGUUCUUUUCCUGAAGAGAUGGGAAACUUGAAAUCGUUGUAUGAGUUAGUUGCGUAUACGAACAAUAUCACGGGUUCGUUGCCUCGUUCUUUUGGGAAUCUGAAGAGGUUGAGAACGUUUAGAGCAGGGCAAAACGCGAUCUCGGGGAGCUUACCGGGUGAAAUAGGUGGGUGUGAGAACUUGGAAAUACUUGGGCUUGCUCAAAACCAGUUAGAAGGGGAGUUACCAAAGGAGCUUGGCAUGCUUACAAACUUGACUCACUUGAUUCUGUGGGAGAAUCAGCUUUCUGGCGUUCUACCAAAAGAGCUUGGGAAUUGUACAAGUUUAACUAUGCUUGCUCUGUAUGAGAACAAUCUUGGUGGACCUAUACCCAACGAGUUUGGGAACCUAAUCUCUUUGAAGUAUUUGUAUAUAUACCGAACCGCAUUGAACGGAACUAUUCCCAGGGAGAUCGGGAACCUUUCUUUGGCAACGGAGAUAGACUUCUCCGAGAAUUAUUUGACCGGUGAGAUACCGAAAGAGCUCGGUAACGUAAAAGGUCUCCAAUUACUUUACCUCUUUCAAAAUAAGCUGAUUGGUGUUAUACCAAAUGAACUUAGUAGCUUGACUAACUUGACUAAACUUGAUCUUUCAAUCAACGCCCUCACCGGCCCUGUUCCGUUCGGGUUUCAGUAUAUGCCUGCAUUGUUUCAAUUGCAGCUUUUCAGCAACAGUUUGAGCGGUCCCAUUCCGAAAGGACUCGGUCGAUAUAGCUACCUAUCGGAUAUCGACUUUUCAGACAACUUCUUGACAGGACGAAUACCUCCCCAUCUCUGUCAUCGUUCUAACCUCUCCAUCUUGAACUUGGAGUCGAAUGACCUUUAUGGAAACAUACCUACCGGGAUCUUGAACUGCAAACCGUUGACGCAGAUUCGUCUCGUUGCUAACCGCUUUACCGGUGGCUUUCCGACCCAGUUGUGUAACCUGGUGAACCUUACUGCUAUUGACUUGGACCACAAUAGAUUCAGUGGUCCUCUUCCUCCGGAGAUUCAAAAUUGCCAUAAGUUGCAAAGGCUACAUAUUGCAAAUAAUUACUUUAUGUCUAGUUUGCCGAACGAGAUCGGAAACCUCGUACGGUUGGUGACUUUCAAUGUUUCGUCAAAUCGGUUUACGGGGUCCAUUCCACCUGAGAUAGUCAACUGUAGGAUCCUCCAACGCCUCGACCUCAGCCACAAUAGCUUCGAAAACGCUUUGCCAAAGGAGAUUGGAUCUCUCUUACAGUUGGAGAUUCUUAGAGUUUCAGAGAAUAAAUUUUCUGGAAGUAUACCUCAAGAACUCAUGAAUCUCUCCCAUUUGACUGAUUUGCAAAUGGGUGGCAAUUCAUUUUCUGGUAGCAUUCCUUUUGAGUUGGGGUUCUUGAAAAGCUUACAAAUUGCUUUGAAUCUUAGUUUCAAUAUGCUAACUGGUUCAAUACCACCAGAGCUUGGAAGUUUGAAUCUAUUGGAAUAUCUCCUGCUUAAUAACAACCAUUUGUCCGGUCAGAUACCGAUCUCCUUUGCGAAUCUUUCGAGUUUAAUGAGCUGUAACGUCUCCUACAACGACCUUCACGGGCCAAUCCCUUCGAUACCCUUGUUUCAGAAUAUGCCCACGAGUAGCUUCACUGGCAACAAGGGGCUCUGUGGCGAACCUCUUGGCAACUGCAAUGGAGAUUCAUCGUCUCCAUCUAUUCCAUCUUUCGAUAGCGUAAAUGCACGUCGAGGUAGAAUCAUAACCGGGAUUGCAGCUGCUAUAGGCGGAGUUUCUAUUGUUCUUAUUAUGAUCAUCUUAUAUUGCAUGAGACAUCCAUCAGAAAUCGUGCAAAACAAGGAAACACAAUCAAUGGAUUCGGAUGUCUAUUUCCCACCUAAGGAAGGUUUUACUUUCGAAGAUCUAAUCGAAGCAACUAAUAGUUUUCACGAGAGCUGCGUAGUGGGAAAAGGUGCGUGUGGAACUGUAUACAAGGCUGUGAUGCAUUCUGGACAGACGAUUGCAGUCAAGAAGUUAGCAUCGAACAGGGAAGGGAGCAACAUCGAUAAUAGCUUCCGAGCUGAGAUUUCGACACUAGGAAAGAUUCGACAUCGCAAUAUCGUUAAACUAUACGGUUUUUGCAAUCAUCAAGGCUCAAAUCUUCUUCUUUAUGAGUACAUGGAAAGGGGUAGUUUGGGUGAGUUGCUUCACGGGACGGCGUGUAACUUGGAAUGGCCGACUCGGUUUACAAUCGCCAUUGGAGCUGCAGAGGGACUUAAUUAUCUACACCAUGGCUGCAAACCAAGGAUCGUUCAUCGCGAUAUCAAAUCGAAUAACAUUCUCCUCGAUUAUAACUUCGAGGCUCAUGUUGGUGAUUUCGGUUUAGCAAAAGUAAUGGACAUGCCUCAGUCUAAGUCGAUGUCAGCAGUCGCGGGAUCGUAUGGAUACAUCGCUCCUGAAUAUGCAUACACCAUGAAGGUCACAGAAAAAUGUGACAUAUAUAGCUAUGGGGUCGUUUUACUAGAACUGCUAACUGGAAAAACUCCGGUACAGCCGAUCGAUCAGGGAGGUGAUCUCGUCACGUGGGUCAAAAACUAUAUGCGAGACCACUCGAUGUCGUAUGAAAUGCUAGAUCAGCGACUGAAUCUUCGAGAUCAAGGCACGGUCAAUCACAUGCUGACAGUCCUAAAAAUCGCUCUAAUGUGCACAAGUUCGUCUCCUUUUCAUCGGCCAUCGAUGCGGGAAGUUGUAUCUUUGCUCUUAGAAUCGACUGAGCCUGACGACGAUCAUAUUCCAGCUUUAACGUAUACUCUAGCCCCAAAGGACGACGCAGCCUCGUGAAAUUCCGGGUGGGCAGUCUUCGUUUUCGGAUAACUGAAUAGUUCUUGCAUUUUUCUAACGUAGAAUAUAUAUUUUUAGAGUUUGUAAGGUUAUGUUACCCAACUAUUGCUUAGAUUUUGCAUUUGUUUUAGGAUUGAAUAAAGUGUUCUUUGUAUAGUUUUGCAUACGAUUGA